AGCUUUAUCCAUCCGGAAACGCUUGCGAUCGCGGAAAAGACGUCUUUCCAAAAUAAAGCAGCACGAUAUAGUAAAUACUGUUGACAGUGAUUAUGACUAUAGUACGGGCGAUAGUCGAAUGACCACCAGUGAUUCCCGAGAAAACAGUCUUGAAAAUUUUAUUGUUAAUACAGAUGAUGAAGUGGAGGCUGCAGAAACGACUAUCACGAGACGUCAGCGUAAAGUGAUGAGGCCAGUGACCUACGAAAAUGAAUUUAAAAUCCGUGAGACGAUGCGAAAAAAACCCGCAAGAGCACCUUCUGUUUAUAUACCAUCGUAUAAAGAUGAAGAUUUUAUCAAAAGCCACUGUCAUUUUUGUACCUCAUGCGGGCGAUCCGGAAAUGUUAAUGGAAAUGGAGCCUCACCUGACACUACCGUCCAGUUAGGAAAAGAAGUAGCAACCAAACGGCUUCUACUUUGUCAAAAUUGUUCUUACAGCCAGCAUAAUAGCUGCUUCUCAAUAAAUAUUGUCAAGUACCUGAUUAAUUUUGAAACGGGAGAGUUUACAUGUUCUCUCUGUAACAGCAAAACCAGCAACAAAAGCAAAGAUUGUGUCAAUUGUAAUCGAUUAGCUACCAAUGACAGCAAAAUUUCCUUGCGUUGCCGUACUUGUAAGAGAUUAUUUCAUCGCGAUUGUAUAAAAAAAGGUUUGACCGUAAAGCUCGCAGAAAGUGUUAAAGAUGAAAAUAUCGACGAAUUGUACAGCAAAGGCCAAUGUGUAGAAUGCUUGACUUAUUUCUGGAAAUUGAAGCGCAAGCCUAAGGCAAUAUUAGCAAAUCGCGAGAUUGAUGGGAGAAAAGAAAUGUAUGUUGGUUGGCAGGAUAUGUCCUAUAGGCAUGCAGAAUGGGUUUCACACAGUUGGAUUCAGGCCGUUUCUCCUCAUAUGCACGCUGCUUACGAGAGGAGACUAAAAGCUGGGAAAAUAGUACCCUUUUCACAAGAUUGGUUGCUUAUUGACAGGAUCGUAAGUGUUGAAUGGGAAAAUAAGUCUAAAAAUGAAGCUAGACGUAUCUUGGCGGUUUAUAAAGAUUGCGAAUAUGGUGAAGCUGUAUGGGAUGAGCCUCCUCAAAAAGACGAUCCGAUUUUAUACCCGGACUAUGACAUUGCUUUGAAAAGAUAUAUUCAGGCCAGCCAAGUGAGACCACCAAAAGGCAUCAAAAAUUUGGUAGGAAAGGUGCGUACAGCUGCUAGUGUGGAGAAUUAUCAAAAGCAUGCGAUAAAAUCACAGCCUGAAUUCCUGAAAGGCGGCACUUUGAUGCAGCAUCAACUGGAUGCCUUAAAUUGGUUGCUUUAUAAAUGGGAACAAGCCCAUAAUUGUAUUUUGGCUGAUGAUAUGGGUUUGGGUAAAACAAUUCAAAUAAUCAGUUAUUUGUUCUACCUGUAUAAGAAAUAUCAGAUAUACCCUUUUCUGAUUGUUGUACCCAAUAGUACAGCAACAAACUGGGUGCGUGAGUUCGAAAAGUGGGCAUCCGAGAUGACAGUGGUACCUUUCUUUGGCGGAAAAGUAGCGCGUGAAAUAGCAACUAAGUAUGAGGUCUUUAACGAGAGAGGCGAAGCUAAAUUCCAUGCUCUUGUUGCAACUUAUGAAUCAGUUCAAACCGAACCUCAGUUGCAAAGAAUAUUUUGGCCUGCAUUAGUCGUAGAUGAAUCGCAGCGCUUGAAAAAUGACCGAACCAUGCUAUAUCAACAUUUGAAAAGACUGCAUUUGGAUCAUAUUGUAUUGCUUAGUGGGACACCAUUACAGAAUAACUUACGUGAACUGUUCAACAUGAUGCACUUUAUUCGCCCAACGGAUUUUGUAGGCACAGAUGCCGAGAAUUACGAUGACUUGAAGAAAGAGCAGGUGGAUGAGCUUCACACCAAAUUACGACCAUAUUUUCUUCGACGUACUAAAGAGGAGGUUUUAAAAAAUUUACCACCCAAAUAUGAACUCAUCGUUCCUCUCUCGAUGACUAUCCUUCAAAAAGAACUUUACAAGCAAUGCCUUAGUCGUGAGAUUUACGAAACUUUAGCUGAAGCAACUGGAACAAAACGAAGCAAGGGAUUAACCAGUAUCUUUGUGAAUCUACGGAAAGUUUUGAAUCAUCCAUAUUUGCUAGAUGGGGUUGAGAAGCGAGAUCCCAAUCCCGAACAAGUCCACAAAGCGAUGAUUGAAGCUUGCGCAAAAUUAAAGCUUUUGCAUCAAAUGCUACCAAAACUCAAAGAAAAAGGGCAUCGUGUAUUGAUUUUCUCCACAAUGUCACGUACACUUGAUGUUAUCGAGGAUUACCUCACAUAUGAAGGUAGACGCUUUGUUCGAAUUGAUGGCAGCGUAGGUGAAAGAGAUCGUGUCAGAGCAAUGGAUUCGUUUAAUAACCCCAACUCUACUGUUGAAGUAUUCCUGCUGACAACACGUGCUGGUGGUGUGGGGAUCAAUUUGACUGCAGCUGAUACCGUUAUUAUUUGGGACUCUGACGCUAACCCAUAUGCUGAUCUACAAGCUAUCAGUCGGGCCCACCGUAUAGGACAAACAAAUAUGGUGAUCAUUUACCGCUUUAUGACACGUCUGACUGUCGAAGAAAAGAUCUUGCAGAUUGGUAAGAAAAAGAUGGCUUUAGAGCAUGUUGUAGUAGAAAGAAUGAAGAAAGCAGAGGAAGGAGAAAACUAUGAAGACAUUGAAUCUAUCCUAAGGUUCGGUACAGAAGCUCUCUUCUCCGACGAUGCCUCCGCCGAUAUAACUUAUGAUGAGGCAGCAAUUAACAACCUCCUUGACCGAGAGCAGUAUAAGGAAGCAGCUGAAGAGCAAAAGCGGAAAGAUAUAGAGGAUUUGGAAGGAAAGGCUAAGGAGCAGAAUGGUCUUGAUUUUGGGUUCGCGAAGAUCUGGCAAAAUGACGGUACAAUUGAAGAACUUCCAGCUGAUGGUGAAGACGAAAGGGAGAAUAACGAUACAAAUUUCUGGGAGAAGUUUUUGGCGAAACAAAAAGCAGAAGCUCUGAGAAAGCGCGAAGAAAAGAGGUUAGCAGAAGAAAAUUUGGGUAGAGGUGCCAGAAAAAGAGUAGUAACGGUAAGUGUUCUGUGUUAUAAGGAAACAUGACCCUAAAGCUAACUGUUGAUUCUAUAGACCUACAAAGAAAAAUUGAUUAGAAGCAAAGGUGAGGAGUCCAAGGAUGCAGAAUUC